AUGUCGCCCCCUGGGCUUUCACAGGAAGCGAAAAGUGUUGUAGGACAUGGGAAUGGAGAAGGGAUGAAUGGUAAAGGAGGCGGUGUUGUUAAGUCGCGAACGAAGGUUAGUCGGGCGUGUGAUAGUUGUCGUAAGAAGAAGAUCAAGUGUUCUGGGACGCUGCCUUGUAAGUCUUGUCAGACGUACGGGUGUGAGUGUGUGUAUUCGUAUGUUGCAGGGUCGGUUUCGAAGAGGAAGAAGACGAAGAAGAGUGAUGCUGCUGGUGGGAACGAGGUGGUUGAUAGGACGUCGGUGUCUAUUCUUAAUCCUAGCAGCGUUGCUCUGAAAAUGGAGACGGCGAAGCGGUUUGAGGCAGUUUCUCGGAAUCCGGCAGCAGUAGCAGCGACUACGACCACGACGAGUUCUGUGUCACGUGACGGAAUGGCUCAUCCACAUGGACACCCACAGGGUCUCAGUUCUGCGACGCCGUGUAAGGUGGAUAUUCCCACGGUUGUGCGGGCGACCGAGCCUCUAGCUGGGGCUGGAGCCAGGGCGAGGGCUGGGUCUGGGUCUGUUGCUUCUGAGGGCGUGGCUGGCCAACUGCCGCCGCAUGUGUCUCCGUCUGCUGUUGCAGGCACAUGUUCACCUCCAGUUCCAGGUCCCGGUCAAGUUUCCGGCCAAGGGUCAAGUCACGCUUCUACACAUGGCAGUGGCACUGGGAAUGGCACUGGGAACGGAAAUGGGAACCCUGAAGCCAGUAGUCCUCAAAAGAAGGAACCCCAUAUCCUUUACCGUUCGUUGUCCGAUGUAGAAGAUAGAAUAGAAGACUUGAAAAAAUGCAUUCAAGACUUGAAGAAAAGCAGCCAGCCCCAAUCGGAGUCGAUAGUUUACGCUAUUAAAAACAUUGAGUUUGAAAUCGCGACCUUGAAGAAGAAAAUUUCGGAACCCAGAAUCAAGCGUGAAGAACUUUCGAAUCCUGCACUUGCAGAAGAUAACGCCAUUUGUCUUGAAGCAAAGCUAUUGAGGAAUUAUGAGUCUACGCAAGUUAAUUUGAACCGAUACGUCAAAGUAGACACUAAUCGUCUCGAAGGUUACCUUUACAAACCGCCUUUGAUAGACAUUACUUAUGGUAUGCACUAUCCGGGACAGUGGCUAUCUUUAAGAGGUAUAGGUCAUUUUGCGAAGGAAUUCCUAAGGGAUGGCCUGUUCCACACCAAGGAGUCAAAGGAGAACUUGUACUUGUUGCUACGUCACUUUGAUAUAAGUUCUGCUAUUGAGAAGGAGAAUGCGCAGUGUUGGAGUGCGCCCAUUGAAACGUAUUGUGCUAGGGCGUCUAUAAAUGUUCCAGAAGGAGAGCGGAUCCGGUUCUUGCUAAACAAGAUUCCCACUCGCCUUUUGCAUAAAUUAGUAAACACCAAGAAGCAGUUCCGUAUUGAGAACUGGUACGACAUCGUGAGCAAUGUUGGGAAUAACACGGUUUCCUAUACUAUGGAAACAUUCCAUUGGGUUGUUGCUAUUUUGGAGACCAACAGAAUUGAGUAUCAGAAACUUUGUAGACAUUUCAAACUUGCUGCACAACAAAAGGAUGGGAAAAACAUAAGUAGGGAGACAACUAGUUUCAUAGAAGCGGAAGAGCUACUGUUCAGUUUGGCGCUUCAUUUUUUCAAAAGAAUAAGUAUUUCAAGAAGCGAUGCAGAGCCUUUGGCUUUCAUUGAUGAUGUUUUAGAUUUUGUCAUGAAUUUGUACUGGAUUGAUGGCCAUCAAACGUUCACGUAUCUUUUGACACAGGUAGUUCAGGUCCUUCAAGUUUAUGGCCUCGACCAAUGGGAGACGUACCUUGUUAUGGAUGAACGUAUGGCUGACUCUAGAAGAAUGCUGUGGUGGAAAACGUUUUUCUGGGAUCAGUAUUCCAUCUUCAUCACUGGUUCAAAGCCAUUAUUCCAUGGUGCUGACAGUCAGAGCCCCCUCUUCCCCAAAUUCAUGAGACAAAUGAACUGUGUUGACUAUCAGGAUUUGUUGAAGAAGAUUGACGAAGAAGUCGACGUAGGGACCGUUGACUUCACAAACAAGGCAGAUAUCUCCCUUCGUGAUGUUCUUGGAUUUGUCAUUUUCUUAUCCUGCUUCUUCUCUCGCCAGUUUCAAAUGAACAUCAUCUACAAUGACCGUUUCGCAAACUUCCGGAUCUUUGCUCAAAAUCAUGCUGAGAGGGUGCGAAUGGCUGAAGAACUACUACGUGAACUCAGAAUUUACAAAAGGCGUCUCGAUAUAUUGAAUGCGGCUCUCCAGCGGUAUGUGCUUAGCGGUAAUGUUAAGGCAGACCCUAAUGAAGACCCAGAUUUAAAGGAUCCAGGCUUAUAUUGGUAUUAUAUAACAACGGAAGCCUUUUUCACUUUUUGCGUUGUAUCGGCUACACAUAUUCUUGCAAGAUUAAACCUGGGUCCCGAUAAUGCUGAAAUGAAUCACGAGAUGAAAACGUUCCGGAAAAGUAUAUCGCUCUCAUGGAAAACGGUUAUCAGCUAUUUGGAAAUGAAUGACGAUAUUUAUGAUCUCUUUUUCAUGUCCAAACUUAUAUUGCUUAUUGCAGUUUCAUACGUUGGAGAAAAUUUACUCUAUUUCAAACUGUCUACUUUGGAUGAUGUGUUCUCGUUUCUCAAAUUGUGCAGAUAUUUUGAAUACUGUGGUGUUAGUUGUGAUUCUAUAGAUCAGACAAGAAUUCAAAGAUCAUUGCUACAAGUCCAAUUCUUUGUUAAAAUCCUGGUGCGUGUGGUGAUUGAUUUGUAUUUGGACUACAUGAAAAAGGACUUUAAUGCUUUACUAGCAGAAGUCGCCUCUUCAGAGCAUCCUGAAUAUCAAGAUACGAUUCUCAAAUUGUUCGACAAUACGUUUAGCUACUUUUCUCCAUCUCUCAGUUCUAUUAAAGAAAGUGAACUACACGUUCAAGUGAAAACUUGGUUAAGCGAAGCAUUGUUCAAUAAGUCCGACUCCAUGCCGUCAAGUUUAUUCUUCUUCGAUGACUUAUUCCCUACUAAUCUUUCAUCGGAAAGUACAACUACAACGGAUCAUGCAGAAACGCCAAAUACCAUAUUGGAACAGACCUUGGGGAAAGUGCCUCCCACUGCAACCCAACCAAGUCUAAAUGUGAACUCCUCUCAAGUACCUAAUCAAUUCGGUGUUGAGGGUAAAGAUGGUGUAAGCAUGUAUGGACAAGAUAAAAGGCCAAUAAACAUGCAGCAGCAGCCGCAGCAUCAGCAGCAUCAGCAUCAGCCGCAACCACAGCCGCAACCACAGCAUCCACAACAGCAUCCACAACAGCAUCCACAACAGCAUCAGCAGCCGCAACAUCAGCCAUCAGUUCCAGUGGGAGGUAAAACGGAUACAUUUCACCAAUUCAACCCUGAUAUGACUCAAUCGCCUCAAAAAUCUGUCGACCCUCAAGGCAAAAAUGAUCAAGGAACUUUCUUCAAUUUGGGAACAAUUCAAGAUUUUGCUGAUCAUGGUAAUGUGGAUCAAUUAUUCUCCUUCCUCUGGGAUGAUUUAGUAACAGGGCCGGCACCACCGCCCCAAAAAUAA